AUGAUCAUCUUAUGGAUUUCACUGUUUUUUCUUCAGCAAGGACAUACUUUAGUUCCAGUGGAAACUGUUCAACUUGGUGAACCAGCAACCUUAAUAUGCGCAUUACCCAAAGAGCUGAGCAGUAGUGGAGUCCACUGGUAUAAGCAGAGUAUCGGGGAUACUCUUAAGUUAAUAGUGACACUAUUUAAAUCCACAGCACCUACUUAUGGUCCUGAAUUUUCUAGUUUAAAUUUUGAGAUAGAUAAGGAUUUAACCAGCCUGACCAUUCUGAAGACAGCCCAGGAGGACGAGGGCUUCUAUCACUGUGGGACCACAGAACGGAUUGGAGCUAAAUGGAAUGGGACAUAUUUGUUUGUUAAAGGAAACACUCAGAGGACAUCAAACUAUACAGUUAGUCAGUCACUGAUAGAAUCAAAUCCAGUCCAUCCAGGAGGCACAAUGACUCUCCAGUGUUCAGUCUUCUCUGACUCUGACAAUAAGACAUGUCUAGAGGGUCUCAGUGUCCUCUGGUUCAGAGCUGGAUCAGAUAAAUCUCAUCCAAAAAUCAUCUACACUGACAGGAAUAAAAAUAAUAAAUGUGAGGAAAUCUCAGACCCUCAGGAUAGCUGUGUUUAUAACUUCUAUAAGGACAUCAACACUUCUGAUGCUGGGACUUACUACUGUGCCGUGGCCACAUGUGGAGAGAUAUUAUUUGGAAAUGGAACUACAGUUGAACCUGAGCAGUCAACGCAGUCAGUAUUUAUUCAGAGGGCAAUAUUAAUAGUGUGUUUAGUUAUUUCUAUCAUUGGAAAUGUUUUUCUCAUCUGCAACCAAAGACUAUGUAAACAAUUUAAAGAUGUGUACACUUACACAGUCAAAUGA